GGGUGGGCAGAGCGGGUGUGGAGGCUCUGCGGGAGCGGGAAGGUGGCUGGGAACCCCGCAGCAGCCCCGCUUCGGCCGAGGGGCCGCGAGGUUUCCGCGGGAGGUCGGCGGAGACGCGGGAAUCUCGCGAGAAACGCGAUCGCCGCUCCACCUGUGGAGGGGCUGGGAGGCGCGCCGGGGUCGCUGCGCGUCGUGGGCUCCGGUUCCGUGGGCUCCGGUUCCGUGGGCGGCCGCGGCCGCGGCCUCGGCCUCGGCGCCGCGGGGGCCUGGCGGUGGUGUGCGCGUCGGCCGCUGCUCGGGACACGGUGGCUUCCCCCUAGUCUAGCACGCUUUGAAUUGCUGGAGUAAAAUUCAGCUUGCAAGCAUUGGAAUAAAUCUUGUAAAGGAACAUUUUGUAACAUGGAUUCUCUAACAGAAGAAUUUUUGGUGAGUGGAAAUCCUGAUGUGGAGGAGCAAACCAAGGAAGAAACUGAGAAUAAAGUAGAGAAACCAGUCAGUCAGCUGGACAAAGAGAAAACAAAUAUACCUACUGAUCUUGACCCUGUAAACAUAGUAUUAGAAGUGAAGAAGCUAUUAAAUGCCAUCGAUGCUCUACCCAAAGGUGUGGUCCCUAACGUUGAAAAGUUCAUACAAGAAGACUUCUUCCAGAUUAUGAAGAGGGAAGUUGCAGCUAAUAGCCAGACUGGGGAAGAAAUUGUUCCUGCUUUAACAUUAAAUUUUUUGAUAACACAACUGGAAACAUCACUUAGAAACAUUCAAGCUACUAAUUGUACUGUACAGCAAAUUAAUAUUGGUUAUUAUUUGACAUUACUGUUUUUGUAUGGAGUAGCACUCAGUGAAAGAGGAAAGAGAGAGGACUGCACAGAAGCUGAAAAUAAGUUUCUAGUGAUGAAGAUGGUGAUCCAAGAACAUGAAAUUUGUGAAAACUUUAUGACUUUAGUUUAUUUUGGACGUGGUUUACUUCGAUGUGCUCAGAAGAGAUAUAAUGGAGGACUUCUAGAAUUUCACAAAAGCUUACAAGAAAUGGGAGAUACGGAUGAUAAUUGGUUUGACGUAGAUCCUACAGAUGAUGAAGAUUUACCUACGACUUUCAAAGAUGUUCUCAAUAAUUUUAUCAAAAGAACUGAAAAUAAUAUAAUGAAACAGACCAUUUGUAGUUAUCUUGAUUGUGAGCGCUCUUGUGAAGCUGACAUUUUAAAGAGCACCAACUAUAAGGGAUUUUUUCAGCUAAUGUGCAGUAAAAGUUGCUGUAUUUACUUCCAUAAAAUUUGUUGGAAAAAGUUCAAGAACUUGAAGUACCCAGGAGAAAAUGAUCAGAGUUUUAGUGGGAAAAAAUGUUUGAAAGAAGGAUGUGCAGGUGACAUGGUAAGGAUGCUGCAAUGUGAUGUACCUGGAAUUGUCAAAAUUUUGUUUGAAGUGGUGAGGAAGGAUGAAUAUAUAACCAUCGAAAAUUUAGGAGCAAGUUACAAGAAGUUGAUGUCUCUGGAAUUAACUGACACUGAUAUAAGACCAGAAUUCAAUUUAAAAUUAAAUGAAAAAGAUGAAAUGCCUAUCUUCAAACUUGAUUAUAAUUAUUUCUAUCAUCUGCUUCAUAUAAUUAUUAUUUCUGGUACUGACAUUGUCCGACAAAUAUUUGAUGAGGCUAUGCCACCUACUCUUUUGAAAAAAGAACUGCUUAUACACAAGAAUGUGCUGGAACCCUACUACAAUCAUCUUUGGACCAAUCACCCUUUGGGUGGAUCAUGGCAUCUGCUUUAUCCCCCAAACAAGGAGCUACCACAGUCCAAACAGUUUGACCUAUGCCUCUUAUUAGCGCUCAUUAAACAUCUGAAUGUAUUCCCUGCACCCAGAAAAGGCUGGGAUAUGGAACCACCGUCUUCUGAUCUCUCUAAGUCUGCAGACAUUCUGAGGCUCUGCAAGUACAGAGAUAUCCUCCUCAGUGAGAUCCUGAUGAAUGGUCUCACUGAGUUACAGUUCAAUUCAAUUUGGAAAAAAGUUUCUGAUAUUCUUCUGCGCCUUGGGAUGAAACAAGAGGAUAUUGACAAAGUCAAGGAGAAUCCCAUUGAGAAUAUCUCCCUUGAUUAUCAUCAGCUGUCCAUUUAUCUAGGCAUACCAGUACCAGAAAUCAUCCAGAGGAUGUUAUCCUGCUAUCAACAAGGAAUUGCUCUACAGUCAAUAACAGGCAGUCAGCGUAUGGAUAUAGAAGAGCUACAGAAUGAUGAAGAAGAAUUGAGUCCACCUGUGAUGGAAUAUAGUAUAAAUGUGAAAUCAAACACUGAAAUGCAGUUAGCAGAAAUAAAUAAAGAUGUAUCCUCGAUACCUAGUGAAUCUUCAACAGAAUCUGUUAAAGAUCUUCAAGAGGUUAAAAGUAAAACAAAGAAGAAGAAAAAAACUAAGAAUAAAAAGGAUAAGGACUCAGAAGAAGAGCAAGGCUCAUACAUGGUAGAAAAGGAAGACCAACUGGAAACAGAACAAGUAGAUGUACACACACUCAGCACAUCCGUAAAAACUGAUGCAAGUGAUGCGCAAGAAGAUUCUGCAGCGGAGGACAAGUUCUGUAGCCUGGAUGAACUACAUGUUCUGGACAUGGUAGAGCAGGGCUCAUCUGGAAAGGAAAGUACAGACUGCAAAGAAACUGAAAAGGAAAGGCUUGCUCAUCAACACCAGCUUUAUAAAUUGCAGUAUGAGUGUGAAGAUUACAAAAGACAACUGAAAACAGUGACAUUUCGGUGGCAGGAAACGCAAAUGCAGAUUAAGAAGAAAGAAAAAAUUAUUGUAUCUCUUAACCAGCAAGUGGCUUUUGGAAUCAAUAAAGUAUCCAAAUUACAGCGCCAAAUCCAUGCUAAAGAUGAUGAGAUAAAGAAUCUUAAAGAUCAGCUUUCCAUGAAAAGAUCUCAGUGGGAAACGGAGAAGCAUAAUCUGGAAAGCACAGUUAAAGCAUAUUUAAACAAACUGAAUGCAGAAACCAAUAGAGCCUUAACAGCCGAGGUGUACUUCUUACAGUGUCGUAGAGACUUUGGUUUGCUGCACCUCGAACAGACGGAAAAGGAGUGUCUCAAUCAGCUCGCCAGGGUGACUCACUUGGCGGCAAGCAACUUAGAAUCACUUCAAUUAAAGGCAGCUGUGGAUAGCUGGAAUGCCAUUGUGGCAGAUGUUAGAAACAAGAUUGCAUUCCUCAGGACACAGUACAAUGAACAAAUCAAUAAGGUGAAACAAGGGUUUGCCUUGAGUACGCUACCUCCAGUCCAGCUUCCCCCACCACCACCAAGUCCUGAGAUACUGAUUCAGCAGUUCUUAGGAAGACCCCUUGUGAAGGAAUCUUUCUUUAGACCCAUCCUUACUGUUCCUCAAAUGUCUGCAGUUUGCCCUGGAGUUAUCUCUGCAGCUGUACAGCCUAGACCACCCCUGAUGCCUGGUAUAACCUGGGCUAUGCCAACACCUAUAGGUGAUACUGUGUCACCCAGUGCAAGUCUGUGCAGUGAACCUCUCAUGAUAAACUGGGAGAGGAUUACAGACAGGCUGAAAACUGCUUUUCCACAACAGACAAGGAAGGAACUUACAGAUUUCUUACAACAACUGAAGGAUUCUCAUGGGAAGUCUGUGUCUCGACUUACAUUUGAUGAAAUUGCUUACAAGAUUUCUCAAAUGAUUGAGCCCAAGAAACCUGAGAGUGAAGGAAAAUCUGCACCAGAUGGUAAUAGUGCAUCACCCAGCCACACUUCGUCACAGCCUAAUGCUCCCCAGACCCCUAAAUCAUCACAAGAUUCUACCACAUGGGAAGGAGACAAAGAUUUGGAUAAUGAAGAGGAAGAAGAGGAGCCCUGUGUGAUCUGUCAUGAGAAUGUGUCUCCAGAAAACCUUUCAGUUUUGCCUUGUGCUCACAAAUUCCACUCUCAGUGCAUUAGACCAUGGUUGAUGCAACAGGGGACAUGCCCCACCUGCAGACUCCAUGUUUUGCUACCAGAAUUGCCUGGCCACCCCAACGGGCAGUUACCCAAGAUCUGAUACAAGGCAGGUAGCUAUACCUAAGAUGAGUUUUAGAAAUUGGAAUUUAAUUUGGCCUUUAAUGAGCUAAUUGUUUGAACAGUAUUAUGUAGCAGUAUGCCCUUUGGUGUCAUGCAAACAGACCAGCUAAUCAUACCAGGGCUGAGCCAGGAUCAAGACAGAUCUACAGCAUGAGUCAAUUCAAUGGAAGGGACUUAAAGAAAGUGGGUUUUGAUAAUUGCAUUUUAUUGCUCUUCAUAACAUUUUCUGUGUGUAAACACAAGACCUAUAAAUAUAACAGUGUAUUUCUUAGAAUGUCCUCUCUUUUUUUCCUUCUUACUCUCUUUACUUUCUCUCAAGUAUGGUACAUUUUAAUUUCCUGAAAUAAAUUAGGAGAAAAGGUAGGAAAAUUCUAUAGAUUUUAGUUUUCUUUCUAACUUUGAGAUUUUGGUGUUAAAAUGUAACUAUUAAAACUUAUAAAUUCUAUCUUAGCUUUUCUAUCUUCUGAAAUAGCUACGCUUGAUGAGAUUAUGGACACUUUGACACUGGUGACCAUACAGCGGUUUAUAAUAGCCUGUGACAAAUGAUUGUUUCAGACAUUGCAGAACCAGUGUGUUAAAUUGUUGGUGCAAUAAAAUCACCACAAUAAUUAUACUAUAGAAACUACAACUAAGAUUUGUAUUUCCCUCAACAGCUAGUUCUUAAAAUCACAUCACAAGACACCUAUGUUCCCAAUAGUUAGCACCAUAAAUAUUAAAUGAAGUUAGAAUUAGAAAUCAAGGCUAGUAAAGGAGGCAGAUAUGCAAAGGAAGUCAUUUGCUGAGAUGACUAAUUGAGAUCUUACAUUAUUUGUAAACAUAUUCCUUGGCUCUUAAUCAUUUACAUUUGAGAGGAUUUCUUUUCCUGAUUAAAAUGUCUGCUGUCAUGUGAUUGUUCUGGGGAAGAGUGGAAGCCAUUUAUAUGUACUUGCUGCUGCUUGUGACAAAGUUGAUAUUCACAAGACCAUUUGCCUGUCUAAAGCUUGUCACUGAGAGAGCGUUCCAAUUCUUAGACAACAGAGCCUAUUUUAAAAAUAGUGUAAAUGCUGUAAGUGAUGUACAUGCCUGUACUUUCAAACUUAAAGUAAAUCCAUAGUUACCUUGGGAGACAUGUAUCCUUGGUUCAUAUUAACAAUCUCAAUUUCAUUAAUUUUGGGAGCAAAAGUUGCUUUGACUCAGCAACUGUUUUUUUGUGUAUAUUUCAGUGUAAAUGUAUUUUGAAGUUACUGUGAAUUUAUUUAAUAAUUCUGUGCCUGUAAUUGUAUGCUAAACUUCUUUUUCUAUUUUGAAAAUAAACUGAAAAAUAUGAAGAAAAAUAUUUUUAAAAUGUCAACAUUUGAGUGGGUGAGAUGAUCCCGCAGGUGAAGGUGCUUGUUGCCAAGCCUGAUAACCUGAGUUCUGUUCCUGGGACGCGCAUGGUGAAAGAAAGAACUGUCAGUCCUGCAAAUGGUCCUCUGACCUCCACAUGCACAGUGUGGCUUGUGUGUGCACAUGGACACAAUACAUUCAGAUGCAUGAAAGAGGAAGGGACGGAGGAAGGAAAAGUAUUCUUCAGUAUGUCAUUCGUUUAUAUAUAAAAUAGCAUUGUGGUGGAUUUGCAGAAUCUAGAACUUAGGGGACAUUUCAGUCAUCAUCUUAUCACAGUUAUGUAGCAAAUUACCUUGUAAGAUAGUUUGUGCUUACAAUUUGUUUCUUAGUUCAUGUUUAUAAUUGUAAUUUCAUUUUUAUGUGGAAAAUAAAAGUAUUUCUGAAUUGAA